AUGCAACUGUCGUCGGACGAGUAUUUACACCUUGAUGAAAAGGACAAACGCAGGAAACUUGGAGAAGAAAUGGAAGAACUGGAAAUGGAAUUUUCGGGAGCGAGAGAAAAGGCUAAUGAAUAUUUGGAAAGUUGUAAGGACGAACUCUUAAGUUUGGCAACUGAUGCUUCAGAAGAGACUCGCCUUCGUCGAAUCGAAGAAAGAGCGGCGCAUAAGAGUGUGGAGAAAUUUGUAGAGGACAAAUUCCAUUCCUGUCUUAGGUGGAGAUAAACGACAGUAUGAAGGGUGGAAAGAGCAAUCACAACAGACUGUUACACAACGAUAUGCGGCCAACCAAUCACAUUGAGCAAACAGAUAAUCGCCAGUCGAUGGAUCGUGGUGAAGAAGAUGGGGGUCAAAAUGAAAGAGAAGCUGAUACUAUUGGCCAAGAAAGAAGUCCACUGGUUAAUUCUUCUCCCUAGGUCACGGAAGAGUAAAUAUUGGAAAGGAAACGCACUACCACAACAGUUUCUGCACCCGCCGAUCGCGUAAUAAUCGUAGCAUUGCGCACAGUACCAGUGAUUCUGAAGUAUGGUAAUCGGAGAAUUAAAGUGAAUGCAUUACUAGACGAGGCAUCUACAAAGACUUAUAUAUAUGCCGACGUAGCAGCUGAAUAA